AUGCCAGCCCCUUUUUAAGAGAAGCAAGCUCUAGCCGACAUCUUGGCUUAACUUAAAGAUGUGAAUGAACAAAUCUUUGGGGUCAUAUUAGAAAUAUUAAGAAAGAAAAAAGUUAAAGACUGCAUUGGAUUUCUAUUAGAUAUUGAGAAUUAGAGACAAUCAGAAGGAUAAAUUUUACAACAAGUUGGGAAUUUCACUCCAGCUGAUUCAGAAUAGAAAUUAUCUGUUUUUGGAAAUGACAUCAAAUUAAUUACAGAAGUAUUCAAAAAAUUAACCGAUCAUGACUUCAAUUACAAAGACUUUUCCACUGAAGAACGUGAAGAAUCAACACUAAGUCUAAUUUAAAGCAUCAAGGAUAAUAGAAGGAUCAUUAAAUUUUUGUAAUUUUUAGUUCAACUCACAUCCAUAGAUGAAACUUUUAUACAAUGUGGGUCUAAUUCAUUAUAUUUAUUAAUUUGGAUGAAGGUAGACCUCAGAAGCAAAAAUUUUGAAAAUAUUAAGAU